AUGGAAAAAAAUAUAUCAGAUCUAAACUUUAAUAGUGGCGACAAUAAUAGUAAUAUUAGUAAUAAUAGUAUAGUUGUUAAUAAUAAUAAUAAUAAUAACAAUAAUAAUAAUAAUAAUAAUAAUAAUAAUAAUAAUAAUUAUGAUGUCAAUAAUAGUAAUAUUAAUAAAAAUAAUAAUAUAAAUCAUUUUUCAGAAAAUAAAUAUAUUAUUGAAACGAUUAUUAGACAUGUUUUCAAAUAUUAUAUUCCCAAAAAUCAACAAUAUUUUUUUUAUUGUAUUGCAAGGCUGGUUUCAAGAAAUUGGAAUUUGUUAUUAACGUCUUUAAAUCCAAAAGAAUUUUCGUUGUUUUUAAACCUGGAUUAUGCACAUAAUUUUUUAAAACUAAACGAUCUUUGUAAAAUGUUAUUUAAUUUCGAUAAGAAAACAGGGUAUCUAUAUGUUGCCAAAGAAUAUAAUGUUUUUUCUCCAUUGAUAUACUGUCUUUUUAAUAACUCCAUUAAAUAUGAAGAAAUGCAUGUUGGAAAAGAAGAUGUUUCUGUGAUAGCAAUAGAAGGAGUGGAGUAUGGAACAAUUUUUAUACCUAAUAUCAAAGAGCUAAUUUCCAUUGCCAGGGAAGAGUCAAAAAAUGUUUGGGUUAUUGAAAAUAGUAAAGUAUCAGUUCUCUGUUUCGAAAAUUUUAUGGAUUCUCAUCUCCAACAUUGUAAUAUAGAGUCAUCACAUAUCAUUAUUUUAAAAGAAGGUGGUAGUUAUGCAGUUGAUUGGGAAUAUAAAAAUGAAGAUCCGACAUUUGGUAUUAUUGUUUUCCCUAUUGGAUGUGAAGUUUUUACUGGCGGUUUAACUAAAAUGGUUCAUAGAAAUGGGGAUGGAGACAUUACAGUAUUAAAUAAUAAAAUCAAGAUUGAUAGUAUAAAUAAUAUAGUACCGAUUCAUAUUUGUUAUGGUAAUUUCAAACAUUUUAUUGAAGAGGUCACAAGCGGUAUAAAAAUUGAAAUGGUAUUCAAGUUUAAAUUAAUGGAAAAAAAUGUUUUCAAGAUCGAUGAAAAUUAUAAUUAUCAAAAUCAACUGGAUUGUGGUUCAUUUAAAAGUUAUACCAUUUGUGACGUAAAGAGAACAAAUUUAAAAUUGGAUUACUCUACAUCAACCAAGUACUUUCACUUAAAUAAAAAAAAUUUAACCAGAGAUCAAUUUCCAAGCGAUGAACAAGAUUUCAUAUGUAAUAAAGAUUUAAAGGGUAUACUAUUAAAAGAAAUAGAAAAAUAUAUUGAAGGAUUUCACAAAAAUAUUGGUUUCAUUACGCAAAAUUAUUAUGGGUCAAGUUUUUAA